GCGGCUAUUUGUCUGCUAUUUGUCUGCUAUGUUGCUACUCUUUGCUAUCAGAUGAGCUAGCUUCUUGAUAUCCAAUGAGAAUGAUGAUCAGGGGGUUCCGUCGGUUGUGAGGAUGGAUGCAUUAUGGAUUAUCAACGACUUCAUGGUAGAUAGUAAAUCAAUAUCAAUUUACAUGUAUGUGUCUGACUUGUGUGACAGUGUCCCUAGUCAUUGUCGCAGUGCAUUAUCCAUCUCAACUUGGUUGAUUUCACCCAACACAUCCAACCAACUCAAACAAUCUCAGGCACUCUAUCCACCCUAUGUCAAAUUUCAAAUCUGUUCUUGCUAUAAACGCAUCUAGGAAAAGGUUGGGGUGUUGUUGAGUUGCUCAGCGCCAAGACAUGCAACAUCGGCGAAACCAUUGAGCCGGGAGUGGCCCACACGCUAAGCGAUC